AAGUUCUACGAUAAGCUAGAUAUAAAGCCGCUUAUUCGAGCCGAGCUACUUAAGAUAUUACUAGAUUACUAUAGGCCCUAUAUCGAUAUCUUCGAUCUAAAGGAGGCGGACAAGCUUCUACUAAAUCGGCCAAGUAUUAAUUAUCGUAUUACCCUUAAACCGGGCGCUUUAAGGCCCGCGAAACGUUUAUUUAGUUACUCUCGCGAUGAUACAGAGGCUAUAAAAGCGUACGUCGAGAAUAUGCUAGGGAAGGACUUUAUUUAA